GUCCUCAAAAAAUGUUUCGUUGCAAAUCUGGAUCAAACAACCAAAGUACUUCACCAUCUUCCCCUGUUCCGUCAGCUUCUAGGAGCUCUGCGCGAGGACCAUUUAAUAGGAUCAACGGGAACAGGUAUGGUUUGCAGAAUCUGAGAUGCAAUUCUAUAUCAGAUGCUAUACCGCCUAGUUGUUCGAAACCAGAACCAGCAUCUGUAAGGAAGAACUUUAUCAAAAAGAGAAGUUCGGAAGGAGAAUCCAGUUCAUCUUGUAGGGGGAGAAAGAAUGCGGCUUCUGCAAACGUAGACAGGCAUACCUCCACGACAACGAGUGGCAUUUCCAUCUCUGAUUUAGCAUAUAGUACUUCUGCUUCUGUAGAGGAUAGCAGUGUCUCUAGUUCUACUUUGAACCGGAGAUCAACGAAUGUAAAUGCUAGAAUGAGGUUUUCUAGUCGACUGGGUGCAAGAAAUGGUUUGUCUGUUAGGGAACCCCCUGUGAGUUUCUCUAGAAUUGAUUAUGAGACACCUUUUGAUGUUGGUGAUCGGAGUGGCUCAAGACCUCACCGUGGCAAUUCAUCUUCAAGAACAUCUUUUGCCUCUGAUGAAUCUGGAUUAACGCAGUUAAUGAAUCAUGAUGUGUUACGCCAGUUUAACAUGGAUGGAAUUGCUGAGGUAUUAAUGGCUCUUGAGAGAAUCCAACAAGAUGUAGACUUGACACAUGAGCAAAUACUUGCACUGGAGACCAGAUUGUUCCUCAGCGGCCUCAACCUCUAUGACCAACACAGAGACAUGAGACUGGAUAUUGAUAACAUGUCAUAUGAGGAACUGUUAGCUCUAGAAGAAAGGAUGGGCACAGUGAGCACUGCUCUCUCAGAAGAGGCAUUGUCAAAGUGCGUGACGAGAAGCGUAUAUGAGACAACCACGUCAAACAUAGAAACCACAGAAUCAGGCAAUGACAUCAAAUGCAGUAUUUGCCAGGAUGAGUAUGUCACCGGAGAUGAGAUUGGGAGCUUGGUCGAAUGCCAGCAUGGUUUUCACACAACAUGCAUAAACCAGUGGCUGCAAGUGAAGAACUGGUGCCCCAUCUGCAAGGCUUCAGCAGCGCCAUCACAAUCAUCUUCGUCGUUGUGAAAGAGUCUCGUUUAUACACGGACAAGAUAACCGAUGGUGGAUUUGCACCGCGUGUUCAUUGUAGUUAAAUUUUUCUCCCACAUAUCAAGUACAUUUCUUGAUUUUUUUUUUCUCUUAAUGUGGUUGUCUGUUUUCCUUCAUGUACAUAACCUUCAGUUUGGUGAAAGUAUUCAAUCUCCAGUGUAAACUGUGAGAACUGAACGUGAAAAGAUACUGGGAUUUCAGAA